UCCAAUAAAAUGGGGGUAUUAAUGUAUUUCUCAUAUUUUCUCUUGUAAAAGAGUAGUCCAUUGUUAGAAGAACAGUAGAAAGGGGAGAAAGAGAUGAAGAAAUCAAAGACAAUGGCAGUUAUAAUCGGAGGGAUGGUGUUUGAUAUUCAUGCUACUGCUUCAAUUCCUGCUAUUGCCAAAACCACCACUCCGGGCAAGGUUGAAUUUAUGCUUGGAGGUGUAGCAAGAAAUAUUGCCGAGUGCCUGCUAAAGCUCGGAACAGAAUCGUUCAUGAUCAGUGCUCUGGGAUGUGACCUGGCAGGAGACUUGUUGUUGGAACAAUGGAGAUCUGCAGGGUUACCGACGGAAGGUAUACAGCGAGGCCCAGACAUUACGACUGCUUCUGUAUGCAACAUGUUUGAUGUUAAUGGAGAUUUGACAUCAGGUGUUGCCAGUGUGGAAUCAAUUGAAAGAUGUGUUACUCCUCAGUGGAUCCAGCAAUUCAAGUCCAUUGUACAUUCUGCUCCCUUGAUGAUGGUUGAUGCUAAUUUGAACACUGACGCUCUGGAGGCUUCUUGUAGAAUGGCCGCUGCUUUUGAUGUUCCAGUAUGGGUUGAGCCUGUUUCAGUUGCAAAAUCAAAAAGAGUUGCUGCAAUUGCCAACUAUAUUACUUUUGCUUCUCCCAAUGAGCAUGAACUAGUUGCGAUGGCAAAUUCUUUGUCUAAUGAAAAUCGAUUUAGCCCUAUCCAGAGGGAUCAAAACAAAACUUCAGUAGAGUCCUUGUUCAAGGAGCUGAAACCUGCAAUUAUAGUUUUGCUGCAAAAAGGUAUCAAGUAUGUGCUAGUGACGCUUGGACCUGAUGGUGCAUUCCUAUGUUCUGGAAGUGGGCCUUCAGGUUUAAGAGAAUGCUUGAAGAGCACAAAAGUUUUUAAUGGAAAGAGACAAAUAUUUGAUAUGGUGAACAGUAGAUGCUCUACACAUCAAUAUUUAUACCCUACGCCUUAUAAAGGAGGUUCUCGGCUAUUUGCAAUGCAUUUUCCUGCACUUCCUGCAGCAGUUGGGAGAGUUAGUGGUGCUGGAGAUUGUUUAGUUGGUGGGGUGCUUGCAUCAUUAUGUGCAGGUUUGGAUGUCAUGCAGAGUGUAGCUGUUGGUGUUUCUGCUGCUAAGGUAGCCAUUGAAGUGAAAACCAAUGUGCCUGACAUCUAUAAUUUAACAGCAAUUGCAGAUGAUGCAGGUGCAGUAUACAAAGCUGCGAAAGUCGUGUUCCAAGAAUCUAUGCUAAGCAUUUUCAUCAUUUCGAUAAUGGCGUUCCCUGGAUCAGUCAACCCACUCGAGGUUGGUUUGCGAUUGCUACUCAGUCCUACUGGUUCGAAUGUGGUUGUUCGAACUGCAUGCUGUUCUGUGGGGGUGGUAUUGCCUGUUUAUACUACUUUUAAAGCAAUUGAAAGGGAAGAUCCUGAAGAACAACGAAAGUGUCUUAUUUACUGGGCAGCAUAUGGGUCAUUUACUGUUGCUGAAAUGAUCACUGACAAGCUCGUCUAUUGGUUCCCCCUAUACUACCAUAUGAAGUUUGCUUUUCUUGUUUGGUUUCAACUUCCGUCAACCAAUGGAGCAACACAGCUGUACAUGAACCACCUGCGUCCUUUUCUCUUGAGACAUCAAGUUAAACUUGAUCAAAUUGUGGGACUUCUGUAUGGUGAAAUGGCUAAAUUUGUAUCCGUGCACCAAGCAGAACUCCAAUUUUUAAAGAAAAUCCUUGUCAACAUUUUUGAACCAGUAAAUCAGAUAUUUAGAAGAACCCCGCACCCUAAUAGAGGAGGUGUUGCUGCAAUUGAAGGUCCGGCUGAACAAGAACAAGAUGAGGAUGUAUCUUCGGAACCUGAAAAUUGAUUAUUGUCUCAAUGCAGUGAACUACUUCAUUUUAUUUAUUACUUUUUAAAAUCUUCUGCUGCUGAUUACGAACAAAUAGAGACCGCAAAAAUCAGGGAAUUUUAUCUGGGUUAGUUUCAAAUCUAGUUUCCUGCUGUUUUGUAAAUAGAUGUAUAGAAAGUUAUAGGUCUAGAACGUGUUGGAAUGAUUUACUGUUGCAGCUUAUGAGAAACAGAUUCUUCAUACUAAUACUACUAUCCCUGAUUCCUUGCAAAACCGAAACUUGUUAAUAAAGGAGCUACUUUUUACUCCUCUAA